AUGAGGUUGCAAGAACUUCAAGAUGCUAUAAACAAACUUCCAUUGAGACAUCCAAUUGACGUCAAAUUGUAUUGGAGAGCAUCUGAGUUAGGUCAGAAGGUUUUAUAUGAAACAGGUUGCUUCGACGAUGUUUAUGAGAUAACAGGAGAAGUUUCUCAGAAGAUAAGAGACUCACUUGAAUUUCCACAAACUGGACCGAUUGGAUGCGACAAGUUCGACUCAGACGAAAAGAUAUACUAUGUCGACCUUAACGCUGCGUACAUGAGGUUCGUCCAAUAUAUUCCAACUGGAAUUCCAAACGAAGACGGUGAGUUCUCGGGAAGGAACUAUACAGUUGGAAAAGUCAUACAACAACUGUAUGAUAUUAGGAAAGCUUCAAACCCCAAACUUGCAAUGACACUCAAAUUGCUUAUGAAUUCGACAUGGGGAUAUUCCAUUAAAAAACCUCAAGAGAUGAAGAGUAAACAUUAUGAGAAGGUCGACAACUUCGUUGAAAGGUUUUCUCCUUUUGUUUUGAAGUACGAAUUCACUCAAGGUCAAAGUGGCUUAGUAACCACAUUAAAACCUAUUGUCGAACAUUGGUCUUACCCUCAGUUCGCAAAGGCA